AUGCACCAUAUAGGCGAGCCUAAUGCCUUCGCCAGCGCACAGGGAGCAGAGGCUGCGUCUCGGAGGCAGCUGGCACCCAGCGCUAGGGCGAGAUACGGAUAUAAAUGCAGAUACGGAGAAGGCGCUUCCAAUCUAAGGGCUUUGCGCCUGGAUCGUCCGUCGUCGACACCGGCCGCGUUUUCAGCUUUUGUUUUGUUUUGUUUUGUUUUCCCCCUCCUCCCUCCUCCCUCAGCCGCCUUCCGGCCCCCACAGGCUCCCUCUAAACUUCAGCGGAGCGGGGCGGGCGGGAGGAGCGAGCGGGCAGAGGUGGAGCCGACGGGAACUUGCGGCAAGUUUGCAGCGAGAUCGGGAGAAAGGAACCGCUCCGGAGAGCGCUUGGCCGCCGCAAGAAGCGCGAUUCGUCUUCCUACUGCGCCUUCGACGGCUGCAAGGAGCUGGUCGUGGCGAGCGCAGGAGGGGUGCUAGCGGCUGAGCAGCCCGGAGGGGAAAAUCCAGCCCGGGAUCUCGAGGGGAAGGUCGUCAACCUGUUUCAGGAAGAGACCAGCGAGCGAGGAUGA